CAGCAGUAGUAGCAGCAACACAGGACAGGGUGGGGAGGACCACAAAGCUCUCACGGCUGCCUGCUGCUGCACGGGGUUCGCAAGCGGACAGACACACCGACCAGACCCAGACAGACACACGGGCUGGUAUCUUUUGCCGCUGCCAGUUGUCAACAUACUAUCCGAUCGUCGACACACGGCCCACGGCACGCGCGGCACGGUGUUGGGUCCUCGUUGGUAUUUUGCUUCUUUUUUGUUUGUGCGAGACCGUGUUGUGCACGCGCCUGCUAGAUCACAGUGACAUUCGAUCCGUCCCAGCUGAUCCGUCGUAUGUCGUUUGACCCGUCAUUCUAGCGGGGGGGGGGCCGUUGUGUGUUGUGUGGAAUGGGUGAUUUGAUCAAGUGACUCUGAGACCUGAGGAGAACGGGAACGGGAGAGGAGAAAGCGCAUGGAAUAGUGAGACGAACGUUAAAAUGUGCUAAAAAUUGCGUUAAAGCGAAAAACACGCCACGCGCCAUUCAUUUGCGUUCUAUUUGAAGUGACGACUCGCAAACUCUUUCUUUUUCCCUUUUUCGAGCUUUUUUUUCUCUUGCUUAUUUCACUGCUACGUUUGCAGUUUUCGAUCCGGGACGUUAUUUUCCAAGUGUUACGUUUCGUGGGUUUGGUGUGUGUGUGUGUGUUGUGAUAAAAGCGCGCAUUACAAACAAUAGUGAGAAACGUACCUUCGGGGCGCCGCUUGCUUAGUCGCUUGUGACACACUACUUUACACCGGCUGUCCGCGUCCGUGUCAGUGUGUGUGGUGUGUUGCGAUGGUGACACCGAAAACCGCAACCACUCAAACCGAACGAAAGCGUGACCGUGAAAUUGUUUUGUUUUAACCGCGUUUCCACCAACUCCACCGCCGUUGACCCUUCUCCUCGGUUUCCAUCCAUUUUCCUACCUAUAGCGGGUUUUUCAGUCCAAGCUUUUUCUCUUACCCCGGACAGUUGGCAGUGUAGAGAAAGAGGGGUACAGAUACAGGUGUGUAACUAAUCUGGCGGCAGCUGCGCAAAUAGAAAGUGUAUUUGAAGUGAAUUAGAAACAGUUGCUGGAAGGCAAAAAAAAACCCGUAUACGACCAAAUCCGGCAAACAUGUACAUGUACGAUCCACCGAAGAAAAACAAUUUCACAUCUGUGGAAGAAUUCCAGGAGGCGUUCAAUCUGUUCGACAACCGUGGCGAUGGCAAGAUCCAGCAGCAGCAGAUCGGCGAAUGUCUGCGAGCGCUCGGCCAAAACCCGACCGAGUCGGACGUGAAGAAGUUCACGAUGCAGCUGAAACCGGACGAGCGCGUCUCGUUCGAAGUCUUCCUGCCCAUCUACCAGGCCAUCUCGAAGCAGCGCACGGCCGAAACGGCGGACGACUUCAUCGAGGGGCUGCGCCACUUCGACAAGGACGCCAGCGGGUUCAUCUCGUCGGCCGAGCUGCGCCAUCUGCUGACGACGCUCGGCGAGAAGUUGGGCGAUGAUGAGGUGGAACAGUUGCUCCAGAACCAGGAGGACUCGCAAGGAAAUGUCAACUACGAAGAGUUCGUCCGGAUGGUUAUGAGCGGCUAAACGCGCGACGGUGUUGGUGUUGGUGGUGAUGUGGUAGUGAUGAUGUUUUGUACCGUACCACUACUCUGUGCACACGACAGCUUUCCUGCGUUUGUUUAGUAACGGGAAGGCUGACCAAACACACAAACACACACAGCCACACACACUAACCCGAGAUAGACUUACGAGCGAGUAUCGUUUACUUAAGCUACUUAUGUUUCCAUUCCGGCAAAUGUUCGUUCAUGGCGAUAAAAAGGUAUGACCGCGUGUUGUAGUGUACGCAUGACGAGCUGGCGCGCUUUAGCAGAGUUUGCAUUUUUCGCUUCUUAGAUUCUUUCUACUACUUCUACUAAAAAAAACAGGGGUUGCAGAACGCAACAGUGGGGCACAAAGGCAGCAGCACCUUCAGAGAGGAUGAACAAUAUUUUUGUUUUUCUUUACUUUUUAACACAACAAGCCCCACCCGCGGGGAAGGGUUUUUUUGCGUGCCGCAUUUCUGUUUUUCUUAUAAAUGCUAGUUUUUUUGUUGGUUGCGUCUCAAAAAUUGCCCGAUAUAAUGCCAAGAAAAGAAGCGUAGUGUAUAGUGGGCAGUGAAGGAAAGGACGGUGUGUAGAGCGGGAUAGGAAACGGAAACGCGUCGUCGUCGUCGUGGUGAGAGAGAAAAAAGAAGGCAAAGUAUUAAGCGACCCCGUCCUUUCCUUCAACAAACAGCACACGAUAGAGAGAGUUUUGGACCUUUUUUCAGUUUUUUUCUUUCGAAUUUAAGUGUAUCCGUGAGCCGUGUGUGUGUUUUUGAUAAUCAAGCACCUAGGAACUUCUCUUUAUAAACCAAUAAACUUGCUCCUUGUUUUGGAGACAUAUAAAGGAUUAUA